UUCCCAAGUCCCAACCAUGUCCCUUUUCAAAUCCUUCACUUCAAAUUCCUCUGCUCUCAAACCAAUGGAAACUACCAUGGCUCUCUUCAUUCAAACCUCUUCUUACAGGGUGCUCUCGCGAACUGCUUGUUCAGCCUCCAGAAGAACUAGUUCUAUUGGCUUGUUUUAUUACCGGGGAAUCUCAUCAGCUAAAGUAGUAUCUCUCUCAAACAUGUCAAACUACUGUACUCAUUCAAGGGAUGAUAUUUUUUCUUCAAAACGAAGAUCACGAGGGCCUGUUAUGGCAGGAAAAAAGGCUGCAGAAGGAAUCAAGCAAGAAGAUGGUAAAUACAAGCACACAGUUGAUCUUCCCAAGACAGAAUUUGGUAUGAGAGCAAAUUCUUCUGUAAGGGAGCCCGAAAUUCAGAAAAUAUGGGAGGAGAAUCAAGUAUUCAAAAAAGUUGUUGACAAAAAUAGUGGAGGAAGUUUCAUUCUUCAUGAUGGUCCUCCAUAUGCCAACGGUGAUCUUCACAUUGGCCAUGCCUUAAAUAAAAUUUUGAAGGAUAUUAUAAAUCGUUAUAAGCUCUUUCAAAACUAUAAAGUUCAUUUUGUGCCUGGAUGGGAUUGUCAUGGCCUACCCAUUGAAUUAAAAGUUUUGCAGUCACUGGAUCAGGAGGCUAGAAAUAAUCUUACACCAUUGAAGUUGAGAGCAAAGGCUGCUAAAUUUGCCAAAGAAACUGUUAAAAAUCAGAUGUCAUCUUUUAAGCGCUUUGGAGUCUGGGCAGACUGGAAUGAUCCCUAUCUUACUCUAGAUCCGAACUAUGAAGCUGUCCAGAUAGAAGUAUUUGGUCAGAUGGCCUUGAAAGGCUAUAUCUACAGAGGCAGAAAACCUGUCCACUGGAGUCCCUCAUCGCAGACAGCACUUGCUGAGGCCGAGUUGGAGUACCCUGAAGGGCAUGUGUCAAGGAGCAUAUAUGCCAUUUUUAGAGUUGUGAGUGCUCCUCUAAUGCCAAGUGGCCUGCUACAAGAAUUUCCAAAUUUGUGCUUGGCCAUAUGGACUACAACUCCCUGGACUAUUCCUGCCAAUGCAGCUGUUGCAGUAAACCCCAAGCUUGAAUAUGCUGUUGUUGAAGUAAAGCCAUUAAAUGAAAAUGCCUCUUCAUCUGGUGAAACUAGAAAGAAAAGGCUUGGAAUUGUUUUAAAGGAUGAAAAGAAGAAGUUUCUUAUUGUAGCUUCAGAACUUGUGCCAAAGUUAGAGGCAAAAUGGGGUGUGAAGCUUGUUGUCAAGAGAAGACAGUUGGGUUCCAACUUGGAAAACUACAGAUACAUCCAUCCAGUAGAUAAUAGGGAAUGUCCAGUCGUAAUUGGGGGAGAUUAUAUUACAACUGAAACAGGAACAGGACUGGUCCAUACAGCUCCUGGACAUGGUCAAGAAGAUUAUGUGACUGGUCAGAAGUAUGGGCUACCCAUACAUUCUCCUGUAGAUGAGAAUGGAAAGUUCACUGAAGAAGCUGGUCAGUUUAGUGGGCUUGAUGUUCUUGGUGAAGGUAACACUGCUGUUGUGAAAUAUUUGGAUGAAAAUCUGUCACUCAUCAUGGAAGAAUCAUAUGAACACAAGUACCCAUACGAUUGGCGAACUAAAAAACCAACAAUAUUUAGAGCAACAGAGCAAUGGUUUGCAUCGGUAGAGGGAUUUCGCCAAGCUGCUAUGGACGCUAUUGGCCAUGUAAAAUGGGUUCCACCUCAGGGAGAAAAUAGAAUCUCAGCAAUGACCUCUAGCCGCUCUGAUUGGUGUAUAUCACGACAAAGGACAUGGGGUGUCCCCAUUCCAGUUUUUUAUCAUCUGCAGUCUAGAGAACCUCUUAUGAAUGAAGAGACAAUAGGUCAUAUAAAAUCUAUAAUAGCUGAAAAGGGUAGUGAUGCAUGGUGGUACAUGAAAGUAGAGGAACUUCUUCCAACUAAAUACCAUGAUAAAGCAGCAGAAUAUGAAAAGGGAACUGACACAAUGGAUGUAUGGUUUGAUUCAGGAUCCUCCUGGGCUGCUGUCUUAGGAGAAAGAGAUUCCCUUAGCUUUCCUGCAGACUUGUAUCUUGAAGGAACAGAUCAGCAUCGAGGGUGGUUUCAGAGUUCGUUGCUAACGAGUAUAGCUACAAGAGGAAAGGCUCCAUAUUCUUGUGUUAUAACUCAUGGAUUUGUACUGGAUGAGAAAGGCUCAAAGAUGAGCAAGUCUUUGGGUAAUGUUGUGGAUCCACGUAGUGUGAUUGAAGGAGGUAAAAAUCAAAAGGAAGCACCUGCAUACGGAGCUGAUGUCCUCCGACUCUGGGUUUCUAGUGUAGAUUAUACAGGUGAUGUGAUGAUUGGCCCUCAGGUUCUCCGUCAAAUGUCUGAGAUUUACAGGAAGUUGCGAGGAACGAGAUACCUCUUGGCAAAUCUUCAUGAUUGGAGAACAGAUUAUACUGUUCCAUACCAUGAACUUCCCAGGAUCGAUCAGCAUGCGCUGUUUCAGCUUGAAAAUGUUGUAAAAAGCAUUCAAGGGCAUUAUGAAAGUUACCAGUUUUUCAAAAUAUUUCAGAUUUUACAGAGGUUUGUCAUUGUUGACCUUUCAAAUUUCUAUUUUGAUGUUGCCAAAGAUCGACUUUAUGUUGGUGGAUCAACAAGUUAUACAAGGAGAAGUUGCCAAACAGUUCUUGCAGCUCAUCUUCUUUCCAUUGUGAGAGUAAUAGCACCAAUAUUGCCCCAUCUAGCUGAGGAUGUGUGGCAGAAUCUUCCUUUUCAGUACACAACUGAAUCUGGUUCCUUUGUUGAAUAUGUAUUUGAAUCAAGUUGGCCCACUUUGAAUGAAGGAUGGCUUGCUCUCCCUGUUGAAGAAAUUGAAUUCUGGGAAAAAAUUCUUGAGCUGAGAACAGAGGUGAAUAGAGUCUUGGAGGUUGCCCGAACUUGCAAACUAAUUGGUGCCAGUUUAGAUGCAAAGGUUCACAUUUAUACAUCUGAUGCCAUCCUGGCUUCCCAACUAUCCGAACUAUGUGCAACCAAAAUUGAUGCUGAUACGUUGCAUCGGUUAUUCAUAACGUCUCAGGCUGAGAUUCUUCCUUCAUUGGAGGAUGAACAUAUUGUAAAUAUACCAUAUAGUGGCGAAUGCAUAAUUAAGGGGAGCAGCAAAGUAUGGAUUGGCAUAUCUCGUUCUGGGGGUUCCAAGUGUGAAAGAUGUUGGAAUUAUUCACACCAGGUUGGUUCAUUUUCAGACCACCCAACCCUUUGCGGCCGCUGCUAUGAUGUUGUUGCUAUUCAUAUGCCCCCUGAAGUAGCUGCAGUCAGUUAAGAUUUCAGGACAGGCAACAUUUUUUGAAUUCCAAUGUUUUCUAAUUAAAAAUAGUUUCUUUUUUAGAUUGAAUUUUGAUCAACUGCCAAUGUAGAACUUGUUUAUACUAUCAUCAAAUUGUAUGUUGCCCACUAAGGCUUUGGCCUAGUGUGGGGUGGUGUCAUAUCAUUAAAAAAGUUUAAUUAUGAUAACAAUUAAUUGAGAUGUUAAACUUUUUCAA